AUGGCCCGUGUGCAUUGCAAAAAUUUGCUUAGAAUAUAUAAACCAUCUUUCUUCUUUCUCUUUGAGACUCAUACCAUGUUUAAUAAUUUGAAGAAUUUUUGGGAUAAUUUGAGUUUUCAUUGUGUUGGUAUUGAGAAAACAGUAGGACAAAGGGGUGGCAUUUGGUUUCUAUCUUCUAUUGCUAAUGCUUCUUGUGUGGUUAUUGACCAAAUUGACCAAUGUAUCACAGUGAAAGUGAGUGUGGGUAACUUAGUUUGGCUUUGUAGUGCAGUGUAUGGGAGUCCUCAAUUCGAAAAAAGAAGUAUGCUUUGGGAUCAUUUGCGUUCUAUUAAUUUAGGCCAUAAUGGAUCGUGGAUCGUCGUUGGUGAUUUUAAUGAGAUUGUGGCAGCAGACGAGAGUACAUGUGCUUAUUUUUCUUCUCACAGAGCUAGUCUAUUAGCUACUACUCUAGAUGACUGUGAGCUCUUUGAUCUUAAAGUGACUGGUAGGAGAUAUACUUGGUAUAGAGCAGUUCAGGCUGGCAGGGACUUGACUAAAAAAUUAGAUAGAGCUCUAGUUAAUGAGGCGUGGAUGACAAUGUUUCCUGAGGGUUAUUCUGAAAUUUUUAGCAGGCUUCAUUUUGAUCAUUGUUCUAUUUUAGUUCGUUGUCAUGGUGGCCCCAGAGUGAAAGGUUCUCAUCCUUUUAGGUUCCAAACUGUGUGGACAACACAUCCUUCUUAUAAACAUGUUAUUAGUAAGGCUUGGAAUCAAGAGUUUGGAGGCGUUACUGAAAGGCUUAAGAUGGUUCAACAAGCUUCUUUAGACUUUAACUCAAAGAUUUUUGGAAAUAUUUUUGUGCGAAAAAGUAAGCUGGAAUAUCAGAUUGAUCAGAUUCAACGGCGUUUGGAGGUUACCGAUGUGUUAUCUCUGAGAAUUAAAGAAGCUGAGCUGAGGGAAGUUUACAAUAGGCUUUUAUUGCAAGAGGAACUUUUUUGGUACCAGAAAUCUAGAGAGCAGUGGGUCAAAUAUUCUCAGGAAGAAGCCCUCUCUUUUUACAAGAAUCUCUUUGGUACAACGGAAGAGGUUGAGGUUGAUUGUUUAGGAGAUGUUCCGAUGCCCACUCUAAGCACCGAGGCUUGUGCUAAGUUAAUUGACCCUGUCUCUUUUAUGGAAGUCAAGUUAGCAGUAUUCAGUAUGAGCCCUUUUAAGAAUCCUGGUCCAGAUGGCUUUCAAGCUUAUUUUUUUAAAGAAUAUUGGGAGAUAAUAGGCACUGAGAUUUGGAAUAUUGUUCGGAGUGCUUUUUUGGGAGAGUACUUAAAUCCUAGCAUCAUGGAAACUCUGAUUGUGCUUAUUCCUAAAAUUGAUAACCCUACCUUUAUGAAGGAUUUCAGGCCUAUUAGCUUGUGUAAUGUUGUUUAUAAAAUUAUCACCAAAGUAUUGACUAAUCGACUUCGGCCUUUUCUUCCAGAUAUUGUUAGUCCUUUACAAAGAGGUUUCAUUCCGGGUCGUGGUACUCCUGAUAAUAUUAUUGCGGCCCAAGAAAUUCUAAAUUUCAUGAAGCACACAAAAUCCAAGAAAGGUAGUUUUGCUUUUAAAAUUGAUCUUGAAAAAGCUUAUGAUAGGGUGGAUUGGAGGGUUUUGGAGAGUACUCUCAUUGCUUUUGGUUUUUCUAUCAUCACUGCUACAAAGAGUCAGGUCCAAAUGGUCAUGCAUUCUCUUAACAUUUUUUGCAAGGCAUCUGGCAUGAAAGUGAAUCUUGAAAAGUCUAAAGCUUUUUGUUCUAAAAAUGUGACUGCUUGUAGAAGAGAUAUUUUUACUAGUGUUUCUUCAAUACGUUUUUCUUUGGACUUAGGAAGAUAUCUUAGAGUUAACCUUAAUCAUUCCCGUACCAGUAGGGCUUCUUUUCAUUCGGUGAAUGAAAAGUUUCUUUGGAAGGGUCCAGUUGAUGGUAGAGGUCUUUCUCUUGUUAAUUGGAGUACCGACAAGCCUUGGGUUGCUCUAUUGAGGGCGAAGUAUCUGAGGAAUGAGGAAGUUUUAGAUGGCCCUGUCCCUUGCAACGCUUCUCAUGUUUGGAAGAGUAUCUCAAAGGCUUUUGGUGCUCUUAAGGAUGCCUUCUCUUGGUACGUUAGAGACGUUUGGAAAGAUGGUCAAUGGAAUCUCCAUGAUAUUUUCUCUAUCAUUCCAGAAGAUGUCAAACAGCAUUUGAAUGCUUAUAAUCCGGAUUUGAAUGCUGGAGAGAGUUCGGGUUGGUCGUGGGGUGUGGCAUCUUCUAGACUCUACUCAGCUAGGAGUGGGUACAGUUGGCUAGCCAAAAGAAACUUUGACUGGAAUGAGCAUGAUAAUUGGUUGUGGGUAUGGCGACUGUAUAUUCCUGAGAAGUACAAGUUCUUGAUUUGGCUCAGUCUUCAUAAUGCUAUUCCUACGGCAGAGUUUCAUUUAGGUCGUGGCUUAGCUUUAUCUAGCACCUGUCAUCAGUGUCAGAAUGGUUCUAAAUCCAUUCUUCAUUGUCUUCGGGAGUGCCCUAGUGCCAAGGAGGUCUGGAACCUUUUAGGCCUGUAUUCAGAUAACUCGGAUUUACGUGAUUGGCUCUACAGAGGUGCAAGGAGUGGAGAUGUUUUUCUUUUCUUUUCGACCAUAUGGUGGAUUUGGAGAAGCAGGAAUCAUGACUUAUUUAAUAUAGAUGAUUCUUGGAAUGCUAGUAAAGUGGUGAGUUUGAUUCGUAGUUCAAUAAGGGAGUUUCACACUAUUUUUGCUAUGUAUCAAUCUUUGUCUCCUCCUUCGCUUUGUUUGCAUUGGGUUCCACCUCCAGUUCAUUCUAUUAAAUUGAAUUGUGAUGCUAGUUGUUUUGCUCCUCUUGGCUAUGCUGGUUUUGGUUGUAUCAUUCGCAAUCCUGAUGGAUGUUGGUUGAAAGGUUUCACUGGGAAAGUCGAAGUAUGCAGUGUUCUUUUUGCUGAAUUGUAUGCAAUUUGGAGAGGUUUACUUCUUGCUUGGGAGAAUGGAUUUCGUGAGGUUAUUUAUAAAACAGACUGUUUAGAAGCUCUUUUCUUGGUAAACCAAAGAAUGCUUGGUAAGGAUAUUCCGAAAUGGGAUUUGGCAAAGCAUAUACAGGAGGUUAUGAAUUGGAAUUGGAGAGUCUCUAUUCUUUUAAUUCAGAGGAAUGCAAAUAGUGUUGCAGAUUGUAUGGCUAAAGCAGCCGCUUCUGAUGCGGACAUUCACUCGAAUUGGAGCCAACCAUGGAGUGAGUUUCAACAUCCAAUAGAUUUAGAUAUGAAUCUAGCCAAUUAA